GGGACAAUUCUAUGUGCGGAAGUGCGAUUGGAAACAGGCAAAAGAAGGGAGGCUACGACGGUUCCUGAUGCAACUAUAAAACGGUCAGUUUGUACUAUGCAGUGUUUCCCACAUGUGGUCCGACUUAUAAAUAACUUAAAUUCACAAGUUGUUCCAUAUUACGUAGGCUAAAGGAACGUUUAAAGGCUGCUUUCAAGUGCAUCACAAUGCAGAGAAUUGCGACAGACUUUGUAAAAGAAAGUUUAAGUCGCUCACAUUCGUCAGAGGAAAUAGAACGAGGGCCUACAGAGUCUCAUUCUGUGAGACCCCGGGUGGCUAUCAUGUCAGGUGGGGUACCCGGCGGGAGUAAGCCAACGGGACAGCCGUUCAACCGGAACGGCCCCAAACCGUGGUCCGUCGUAGUGCUGUCAGUACUGUGCUCCGCCGCAGCUGUGGUCGCUGUUGGCUGUGUCUGCGCCCUCAUCUACCCGAUACUUAAAGAGCUGCGGGCAGAGAGAGUGAGAGGAGAGGAUGGGACUGAAGAGAGGAUGAUGGGUUUCUGGAGUAUCCUAGUGCUGUCAGUGUUACUAGGAUGUAUCUCCUGUGUUUUCUCAUGGACCCUCACCUACCUUAACUCAUACCAGCCUGGCAUUGGGUUGGGAACACCACUGACACUGGCCGACUUCAGAGAUGGACCUGGCCAUGAUUUCUACAUGGGUUAUGGUGUUGCUGUCCUUAACGGCAUCAUGGCCAUGCUCACUGUCAUCUGGAACCUCACCUGACAUAGUACAUUAUUUACGCAUACUUUAACCAAUAAGUCUUUUAAUACCUUUUUGUCAGGUUUGUCUGAAGAUGCUACGUAUCAAGUUGCGUGCAGAUCGGUUGCACGGUCUAGGAGAGAUUUUAAAAGUAGGUUUACAAUAUAUAAGAUUUUUUUUGUUUUUUAUGUGGAAUAUACAAACCGGGAGUUAUAGGGCCAAACGCGUUAUUUCUGCUAUAGAAAGGCGGUUCCCAAAUCCAGCCGCGCUGGGAACCAUAUUGUAAUCGCAAAGAUCCUUCUUAUUAACCAUCAUGUUGUCCUUGGGUCAAAUUUACCUGUUUUCUUAUAUCAAUGUUCUUUUUAAUUACCCCAAAUAACAUGAUUGAUUCCACACAACGCUUUUUGGCAAGUACAAAUCUCUACUUUCUACUUUAAAAAACAACAACACUGAAGUGGUUUUGAAAUAGUAUUGAGUAAAAGUUGACAUAUUCCAGUCUGUGAUUAUCCAUCAACAUCUCAAAGCCUAAAUAAUUCCUAAUUUCUGCUUUUCUAACUCAAACAUUAGGUAUCAUUUUCUAUAAAUGAGGUUUGUUGAGCAUAAAUUCCUAAAAUAACUGUAAAACUUGAAGUUAAGUGUUGAAAAUGUCCAAAAAGUGACAAACAUGAAAAAAAGUGUCGGUGUUAAAAAAAAAGGACAAAAAUGUAAAAACUUUUUUUUUUUUAAAUCAAUAUAAAUCCCAAAAAUUGAAUUCCAUAAUCUAUGAUUUAACAUUCAAAAUGUGUUUUCUCAAACUGUCUACCAGCAACUUCAAAGCCUAAAUGACGAGCUAGGGGACACACACACACACACACACACACACACACACACCACACACACACACACACACACACACACACACACACACACACACACACACACACACACACACACACACACACACACACACACACACACACACACACACCACACACACACACACACACACCA